GCGACAACGCUGGACAGCGUAGCUUCUGCUGCCGAUAAAAUUGGGUCGGCGGCAGACAGAAUGGCAUCUGCUGCAGAGAGAAUUGCUGCAGCCCUUGAAAGGGUAGCUGGUAUACACCAACCACUACCAUAAGCUAAAAGAAGACAUGGAGAACUACUUAUAUUACACCAUGAUGGGAGGACACAUCAGGCUACACCCUGGAGUUAGGCCUCACAAGUUCGACUGCCAGGGGAAGAUCACACCUCAGAAUGAGAACAGGGACAGGUUGCAGAGGAAGAGGAAGGUUCUGGAGAUUCUUUCUUCAAAAGAAAACUUAAUGGAACCUCACCAAAAUCCAGCACCUCAGCCUGACCAUGUGGAUCAGAGGAUAGAGCAUGAUGGGCAUGUUGAUCCUAACCCACUCACCCCUUCUACACAGAACACUGGAAUACAAGUGCAGGUAUAGCCAAGAAAGAGGUCCAAGGGGGUGCAAGUUCAACCAGUGAACAACACAGAUGGUCACACGGUGGGUAAGAUGAAGAAACCUGAAAGUACAUCUGAGGAUUCUGUUUCCACAUCAGAAAGUAGUGAUGUAGAUCAUGAUAAAAGUAAAGAUUAUGUACCAUUAGACAGUACUUUCAGUAGUGAUGAUGAAGAGAACUUUAAAAAAUUAACUCUGUACACAACAAGAAAAUUAAUACUGAAACAUUCAAUGGAAUACAUUGGAUUACACAAGAAGCAUUUGUAUAUUUUAGAUAUUCUGUGUAGUCAUGUAACCUACAAAGAAAGGGGACAAAUUAUUUCAAACAAAGAUGUGGUAUUAAUUGUGCUAAUGACUAUUCAUACUGGAUCACCAGAGUACAUGAUUGCACACAUGUUUGGUGUCAGCAACUGCUGUGUUAGUCGCAUCCUUACUCGCUUUCUACCUGUCAUAAGUGCUUGUUUGAAAGAGCUAAUUUUCUGGUCACCAUCCGAGACCAUUAGAACAAGGCUUCCACACUCUUUCAAAGCUUACCAUCAUAAGGUAGAAAGUAUCAUUGAUUGCUUUGAAAUACAGAUAGAAAAGCCAUCCUCUGCCAUGGCACAGAGUAUGACUUGGUCUGAUUACAAGAAAUGUAAUACUGUGAAGUAUCUAGUGUCCGUAACUCCAGAUGGAUUAAUUCAUUUCAUGGUAAGCCUGGUAGAUGCAGUGAUAUGGAGUUAUUACGGGGAUCGGGUUACUUUGACUGUUUGAGACCAGGUUCUACAGUAUUGGCUGAUCGAGGCUUCAAAGAGUUGGAAGCUGAUCUCACUGCCAGAGGAUGUCAUUUGGAAUGUCCUGCUAGUGUUAGCCAAGGGGAACAGUUACCAAACAGAACAGUCCUCAACAUGAAAGUUGUUGCUGGUUUGAGGAUCCAUGUUGAGAGAGUAAUAAGAAGAAUUAGAGUUUAUAAAAUCCUUGACAUGCAUUCAUGUAUUCCUCUUUCAAUGAUGGAUCUACUAGAUAAUAUUGUGUACAUAGUUUGUGGUUUAGUUAAUCUACAGGAAUGAAUUUGUAUAUAUAUUUUUUUUUAAAGUGCACAACAGUGAUACAGUAAAUGUACAACAGUAUUAUCCUGACGAUACCAAUCUCACAUUUCAAGUAUUAGUACUGAAAGUUAAAUUUACUCCAGUAAAAGCAAAAUAAAUACUUUGUUAUAACAAGGUACUAAUUUACUGUUACUAGAGUACUUUUAACUUGGGUACUACAACUUGAAAUUUGAGAUUGUAUUGUCAGGAUAAUACUCAAAUAGUUACAGUAAAAGGCAACAUGUUGUUUGUAAAUUAAAAAUUUAGUUAUUUGACUUUGCAACAAUGAAUAUAUGUCUCGUGUAAUGCUGCCUCACCCACAAUAUGCAUAUUGUAAUCCUGUCUCGCCCACAUUUAAGUUAUUAACCCUAGUUUACUGUCAAAAUAAAACAGUUUCCCAAA